CGAUCACAGCCCACAUAACACACUCGCCACAUACUCCCUCAUGCCGACGUGUUGCGUAGGAUCCACCGCAGACAUCAUCCCCCGCCGUAACCUGCCGCAGCAUGAUGAAACGAAGCGUGCUUAUUGCAUUCCCUUAUCCUUACACAGAAAUGGUAACGCUGCCCAGUUUCAACGAUUGCAGCAGUCCUACCCAACGUCCACAGUAAAACUGAGGCCACAGAUGUUCAAGGCAAUUGCCUUAAAGGCGUACACACUGCAUUCAGCCCAAGUAAGAUACGCGUCACGUCCUCCCUUAUGUCGCCUUGUUGUGCAGCAUCCUCCGACGACAUCGUUACCAGCCGUAACGCCUGUCAUCAUGAUAACAC